UUAUAAAUAUUAUCGUUUUGAAGUGAAAUGAGGCUAUUGGUUCUCUAUGGCAGCCAAACCGGCACUGCCCAGGACGUGGCCGAGCAAAUCUGGCGAGAGUCGCGACCACUGGGCUUCCACGGGCCGGUUCUUUCCUUCGAGGACUACGACAUGCAGCAGCUCAUCGAGGAGCGGCUGGUGGUGUUCGUGGUGGCCACUACUGGCGAUGGUGUAGAGCCGGACAACAUGAAGCAGGCCUGGCGUUUCCUGCUGAAACGUAGCUUGCCAGCCCAGUCAUUGCAGGGACUGCAGUUCGCGUGCCUGGGCCUCGGAGACUCCAGCUAUCCAAAGUUCAAUUACGCCGCCAAGAAGCUAAGCAAGCGGCUACAGAACCUAGGAGCCACCUCUGUGUGUCCUCUGGGCUUGUGUGACGAUCAGCAUGACUAUGGCCAUUUGGGUGUUUCCCUCAGCUGGACAAGGGAUCUCUGGACGUCACUAAAGUCAUCCCUUGGCAUAGACGAAAGCACACAGAACGGCGGGGCAAACAAGACUGUGAGCAAGUGGCUGAUAAAAGAGCUGCCUGGCUCUGUGUCCUUGACUGUGAGGCUGGAGCAACUUUCCUGGACACAGAAGCAACAGUGUCACACCUUCAAGCUGGUCGACAAUGUGAGGACAACAGCGGAGAGUCACUUUCAGGAUGUGCGCUUUCUGAGGCUCGAAUCUUUGAGUGUAAAUCUCAGCUGGGAGCCUGGCGAUGUGCUCGACGUGCAGCCACAGAACAGCGAUGAAGCGGUGUCUGCAUUCUUCGAGCUGCUGAGGGAACACAAACUGAACUUUGAUGAGGAAACCGUCGUGGAGGUGCUGGCUGCCUACCCAGACAUGCCGCUGCCCAAGGCCUUUGCCACGCCCAUAACGCUCGCGCAUGCAGCCAAAUAUGUGUGGGAUCUGAACGCCAAGCCAAGGCAACGUUUCUUUGAGGUGCUGGGCCACAAUUGCAGCGAUGAGAUGGAGAGCGAGAAACUCGCUGAAUUCUGCUCCGCUGAAGCCAUUGACGAUCUGGUGGCCUAUGUGAAUCGUCCACGGCGCAAUGUGCUAGAGGUUUUGCAGGAUUUCCGGCAUGCGAGCUCCAAGCUGACGCUCUCGCAGCUCUUUGAGAUGAUGCCACUGAUUCAACCGCGCAGUUUCUCCAUCGCCUCUGAUGUGUCCGCCUCCACGCUGGACUUGCUCGUGGCUGUAGUCCAAUACAAGACCAUUUUGCAGACGCCGCGCCUCGGCCUGUGCUCCAACUGGCUGAAAAACUUGUCCCCAGGCGUGGAAAUCUGUGGCAUUGUGAAGCGAGGCACAAUGGUGUGGCCGCAGGAUCUGGCUGUGCCACUGAUUAUGGUUGGACCUGGCACUGGCAUUGCACCCUUCCGCAGCAUCAUUCAGCAGCGAUUGCAUGCACAGUCGAAGGGCGCACGCAUUGGUCCACUUGUUGUGUUCUUUGGCUGCCGCAACAGAGCGGCAGAUUUCCAUUUCCAAGAAGACUUUGAAGCCUGGACAAAGGGCAAGCUGGUGGAGGUGCAUUAUGCCUUCUCACGGGACGAGGAUCGCAAGGUUUAUGUGCAGCAUCAGAUACAGAAAUGUGGCCAACGCUUGGCGCAACUAAUCCUGGAGCAGAAUGCGCAUAUUUAUGUGGCGGGUAAUUCCAACAACAUGCCCAAGUCAGUGCGGGAUGCAUUCAUUGAAAUCCUAGGCGGCCAGGGCGACUAUGUGGAUCUGAUGAUCAAGCAGCGAAGAUAUCAGGAGGAGACGUGGGCGUAAAGUCAACUUUUUAGCUUGUACUUUCGUAUGUGUGUUCCUAUUUGUACAAUUUUGGACGGAAAUUAUAACUUAAAUCUAUAAA